AUGACCAUGACUAACCUUACUAGUAACUAUGCCAGUAGUAUUGAAUAUGAUCAACUUCAUCAAGAGCAGGCAAUAACUAUUAAGAAUACUUCUUUGAAAAGAGCAUAUAGUAAUGAUAAGGACAAACCAUGGGUUGCUGCUCCUAAUAAGAAGAAGAAGAAGGUCAAGUUUUCAGUGAACAAGAAUUCAAGUAAGGGCAUGGGUCUACUCGAACAUACUUAUGAGUUUCUUGAAGAAUUCAAGCAAGUGAUCUUGGAAAAAAUGAAUGGGGCAAUGCUCUAA